AAGGAGCUGAAGUUUAACAAUGGAAGACACUGGUGGUUACCUAGAAAUGAACGUAAUUUUGGCUUUUCUGUUGUGGUUUUAAACACAGUUGGGUGUAACAGCAGUGAUGUUACCGGCAGCUGCAGUGUUUUACUUUCCCUGGGAAAUUAAAACUGAUCUGGUCAAAGAUGGAGCAUCACUCAGGACUUAUGGAAGACUUACAAGUUACCAGCCAGAAGAGUCGAAAGCCAUUCUCGCAUCCCAUCAUGCAUCUGUGCAGUACCUGGUGACUGUGCAGACAACUUUCGUCGAGCCUUUUAAUCCAAUAAUUGGGGCUCAGUACAUUGUACUUGGGGAGAUUGAAAAACCAGAGGAUGGACAUGAGGCCACUCUGCGUGCACGGGUUUUGAUCUGUGUGGACGGGGUCGAUGUUGCGCUGUUACAGAAGGCUAUUAAUAACCAAAGGAAUUUUUUACAAGAAAAUAGCAAUCAGUCUAAUGCACGGUAGCAUCAAGUCAUUGUCAUUGUCUAACAUAUUGUAACAUGCUGAGAUAUGCAUACAUAAUGUAUGCAAUAAUCAAUAUUUAACCAACAAAUUGACACAAAGAAGUUUUUUUUUUCUGAAAAUAAGCUAAAACAUGGACUCAUUGGACCAGAGCACACAUUUCUACCAUCUUUUGUUUAUCUGAGAUAAAUUCAAAAGGAUUUGGCAGCAUUUCUGCUAGGAAUUGAUGCAUGUGUUUAUCUUUCAGUUUCAGGUUAAAUUUCUUAAUGCAGCAGACUGUGUUAAGUGAGAACAGUUCUCCGAAGUAUUUCCGAGCCCAUGUGGCUGUAUUUAUCACAAUAGCAUGACAGCUUCUCAUGCAGUGCCACCUGAGGUUUUAAAGAUUUAACAGGGGGUUCUGGCCUUGCUCUACACAGACUGAGUUUUUUUUAGUUAUUGAUUUAUUCACCUUAUUAUGUACAGUAGAAGGUGAUAUUGAAACGAAUACCUACACUAUUUGCAAUGUGAGUAGCGCUGUCACUUCGCACCACAAAGGCCUAAGUUUGAUUCCGCAUUGGUGCAGUGGUAAAACAGACUAAAUAAAUAUUUGCAGUGUUGUGUUGACACGUUCUUUUUGAACAUAUUGACAAUUCUCUCACAAAGUGAUGAGCUAUGACCUAUCUUUGCAUGCCAAAAUUAGACAUAAGUGGAUCCUCUCUUUAGAAGUAAUGUUAUGAAGGUAAAUUAUGCUUACUGGGUUAUGUAAAUUAAUUCUGGUAGGUAAAGAAUUAAAUAAAAAUCUUUCUGCAAGUUUGUGAUAAUUGUAAAGGUUAUUUUUCUUAUUUAUAUACAGAAUCAUAAAUGUAAAACAAAUAAAUGUUGUAUUAUAUGGUA